AGAUAAGAAGGACGGAAUGAGAAUAAAAGUGUGGGUAGAAGAGUGGAAGUGGGACGGAGGGGAAGAGGAUGUGGGUGUGGUGAAGUGGGGGCAAAGAGAAAGCGCGAAAGGAAAGAGCGAAAGAGAAGAGAAUAGAAAAGUGGAGUGA